UGCGUAUAGCACAGCAUAACCUCACACUCCAAUAAUACAAAUAUCGUCGCUUCUCUCCCCUCGAAAUCCUCAAAAAACUAAUUCAUAAAAAUUUAGCAAAAUCCUUUGAACCUUCGCAUCACCUCCAGCACAGCUCCUGUCUAUAAAAAACGUCAUCAUUUUGUUAUCGGUAAAAAAACAAUGGGAAAACCAUUGUUUAUAACCUCAAAUGGACUCCAUAUGCAUUGAAACCUCUAGAAAGUUCGAUAAAUUGGAUAGAAAAGUCAGUGAAGUUUGAAAAAUGGGCGACGCGGAUUCAGACGCAACACCUGGUACAUCAGGUCCUGUGGAGGACGCCUGGUCCCUGAAAAUCCCACCAUUCAGACCAGAGGACAAUCCGAAUCGUCUCUUGGAGGAGAGUUCGUUCGCGACGCUCUUCCCCAAGUACCAGGAGAAGUACCUGAACGAGUGCUGGCCCCUGGUCCAGAAGGCCCUGCAAGAGCAUGGAAUAAAGGCUGAGCUCGACCUGAUCGAGGGGAGCAUGACAGUGAGGACGACGAGGAAGACCUGGGACCCCUACAUAAUCAUAAAGGCCAGAGACAUGAUCAAGUUGAUGUCUCGAAAGGUCCCCUUCGAACAGGCUGUUCGUGUGCUCAAGGACGAUGUCAGUGCUGACAUAAUCAAGAUCUCGUCCUUCGUCAGGAACAAGGAGAAGUUCAUCAAGAGGAGACAGAGGUUGAUUGGACCCAAUGGGUGCACACUGAAGUCCAUUGAACUACUCACAGGAUGUUACGUUAUGGUCCAGGGUCAGACAGUGGCUGCCCUAGGUCCAUACAAGGGUCUCCAACAAGUCAGAAGGAUCGCAGAGGACACCAUGAAGAACAUCCACCCAAUUUACAACAUCAAAGCAUUAAUGAUAAAACGAGAAUUAGCGAAAGAUCCAAAACUGAAGAACCAGAACUGGGACAGAUUCCUCCCCAAGUUCGCCACGAAGAACAUCUCCAAGAGAAAGCAGCCCAAGGUCAAGAAGGAGAAGAAACCGUACACACCGUUCCCACCGCCACAGCAAGAGAGUAAACUGGAUAAACAACUGGCUAGUGGUGAAUAUUUCCUGAGCAAGGAGCAGAAGAGGAUGAAGCAGAAGAAGGAGCUGGAUGCGAGACACGAGGAGGCCGAGAAGAAGAGGCAGGAGAAGAGGGCUGAGGCAUUUGUGCCGCCUGAGGAGGAGACCAAAGUGGAGAGCAAAGGAAAGAAGAGGAAAAACGAUGUUAACAUUGAGGAAGUUAAGGAAAAAGUGCAGAAAGGACUCAAAAAGAAGAAAAAGAAGUCGUAAUUUUUAUUUGUUUAAUGGUUAAGUUGUUUUAAAUAAAUUACCUGUGCACAUAAUUUGGUCAGUCAAUCACAAAGGAAUAACUCUUUGUUGAAAAGUUUAAACAUUUAAAGUAUUUUUCCUCAUUA